CUGACGCCUCUGACUUCAGCAGGCUUAAAGAGACAACAACGAAUCCGCGUUUAGCGGCUGUGGAGAUAUAUAUAUAAAAAAAUAAUGAUAAAACACCAUUUAAAGCCAUGAAUGCGAGAAAACACGGGCUUGCGGUAUCCAAACUCGAACCUUCAGAUAUCUAGUGAAGAAAGUGUCUCUUGAGUCGUCUUCGUUGUCUUCGUCUCUGCCUCUGGACUUAGACAUGAAGAAGGUUUUAAACAUCAAAUGACUCUGAGCAAACAUGCGGAGUCCAAGUGGACGUUCAGCGGUGCCCGAUUGGAUCCUGUAGCAGGAUUUGUGUGUGUGAAUGUAUGUGUGUGUGUGUGUGUGUGUGUGUGAGAGUGAGUGAAUGAGUGCGUGUGUGUUUGAUUGUGCGAGUGCAUGCGGGGGUUGUUCGUGUAUGAGUGGGCGCUCAUGCUAGCACACGCUGCCUCAGUCUGGAAGUAACGCGGCACACACCACCCGUGAAGGAUUAACGUGACGUGUACACGCUGUCGUGGAUUCAGCCGUACAGGCGUGAUUUGCGUGCAGAUUUAUAUUUCUGUCCCACCCUCUCCACUAAACCCCUGGCCCUUGUUUUGACGCCUCUCUGCUUUGCAUGGCCGGCGAGUAACCGUGGAGAGGCCAGGGUACCACAAGCUUAUGGAUUUUGAUAAGAGAGGUGGGAGGGCAGACGCUGACGAGGGAAGGAGGAUGUCCAAACCGGGCGGGGGGAGGCCCGGGCACACGGGCCGGGGCACAGGCGGGAACUCUGGUGUUCUCAUGGUCGGACCCAACUUCCGCGUGGGAAAGAAGAUCGGCUGCGGGAACUUCGGAGAGCUGAGGCUUGGCAAGAACCUCUACACCAACGAAUAUGUGGCGAUUAAACUGGAGCCAAUUAAGUCCAGGGCACCACAGCUUCACUUGGAGUACAGAUUUUAUAAACAGUUGGGAAGCUCAGAAGGGAUCCCCCAGGUGUUUUACUUCGGGCCAUGCGGGAAGUACAACGCCAUGGUCCUGGAGCUCCUCGGGCCCAGUCUGGAGGAUCUGUUCGACCUCUGCGACCGCACUUUCUCCCUGAAGACCGUCCUCAUGAUAGCCAUACAGCUGAUCACGCGCAUGGAGUACGUCCACACCAGGAGCUUGAUCUAUCGAGACGUGAAGCCAGAGAACUUUCUGGUCGGGCGACCGGGCAGCAAGAGGCAGCACACCAUCCACAUCAUCGACUUUGGGCUUGCCAAAGAGUACAUCGACCCAGAGACCAAAAAACACAUCCCGUACCGGGAACACAAGAGCCUCACGGGGACGGCGCGCUACAUGAGCAUCAACACACACCUGGGCAAAGAGCAAAGCAGGCGAGACGACCUGGAAGCGCUGGGGCACAUGUUCAUGUACUUUUUGAGAGGCAGCCUGCCCUGGCAGGGACUAAAGGCCGACACACUGAAGGAGCGCUAUCAGAAGAUCGGAGACACCAAGCGAGCGACGGCAAUCGAAGUUCUCUGUGAGAGUUUCCCAGAAGAGUUAGCGACGUACCUGCGCUACGUCCGGAGGCUGGACUUCUUCGAGAAGCCUGACUACGACUACCUGAGGAAGCUCUUCACUGAUCUCUUCGACCGAAACGGCUACGUCUUCGAUUAUGAGUAUGACUGGGUCGGCAAGCCUCUUCCCACACCCAUCGGCCCUAUCCCGAGUGAUACACCGCAACCAAGCAGCCGAGACAAAGCACAGCAGCAGACCAAAGCCCAGUCGCCCGAGCCCAAACGGAGCGAGUCCCAGCCCGCUCCCAUCAGUAAGGAGACUCUGGGGUCCCAUCUCACAGCUGAGGGGCUGGGGGGCUCAGUUCAGAUAAUGAGCUCGACCAACGGAGAGCUGAACACAGACGACCCGACCGCUGGACACUCCAACGCGCCGAUCACAGCCGCAACAGAGGUGGAGGUCACAGACGACACAAAGUGCUGCUGUUUCUUCAAACGGAGAAAGAGGAAAACCCUCCAGAGACACAAGUGAACAUCUCUCUCAGAAGAGAACCCGAGCCGCUCGGAUCACCGUCGAGUUUUAAACGGAAGCGAACACACCGCUUACUCCUUCCUCCAUCUUUUAUCUUCCCUUCUUUUCGUUCUCCACUUUCUUUUCUUCUCUCGCGUUCUCCGCCCCGUGUUUAUCACUCGGAAGCCUGGCGGAGCGCUAAAGGAACGAUGCUGACUUCACAACAGACUUUUUAUUCCCUUUGAGAUGAUUAAAAAUAGAAGACGUAAAGAAAAAAAAUUCUCCCACUUAAGGGGUGAUGACGAACUGUAUAAAAAAAAAAAAAACUAAUGACGAUAAACAAGCACCGUGACGUGAAAUUAAAAACAUGAUGCUGUCGUUGUAGAUUCCAUGCAGAACAUGUAUGUCGCUCAGAGGACCCUGACGGAUCGGAUUCUUUGUUUUGUUUUUCCACAGCUGUAGUUUUUUUGUUUCAAAUCGGUGGGCAAAACCUGCAAAGGAAGAAAGAUUUGGUUCAUCUCAAGCUUUUUUUUUUUUUUUUUUUUUUUUUUGUUAUUGAUCUAAAAAUCUUUGGCUGCUUUUGGAGCUGAAUAACUGGGUUGAAAGGAAACCUUCAUGUUUUAUGUUGUAGUGACCUGGGAUUUUUUUUUUAAUUGCUUUUUCGUGUGCGCACGCGCGUGCGUGUGUGUGUGUGUGUGUGUGCGUGUGUGUGUGUGUUUUUUUUUCUCUGUUCUUUUGAUGUGGACUGUGUAGCACAGUGACUGGUCUCAGGUACUGUGGAUCAUGGGGAGAUGAAUCAAUUCCAAGCUCUCUGUUUAUUAUUGCACUUUUGAAAGGCAAAAAAAGAAGAUGAAAAGAAAAAAAAAGGACGAGAGAGACAAUGAAAUCUACGAGCCCUAGGAUGAAUCCCACGCGAAGACGACGGGACGAAAUCCACAGGCGAGACGGACGCCCUCCUCUUUUAUGUUUCACAUUAGAUUUAUUUACCAGGAAAUCAUAGUUUGUGCCUUUCCAAGUAAAAUGUUUAAAGUUAAA